GGCUACCUCCCCGACUUCCUCACCCCGCCACAGCCCCCCUCCGGCUUCUCCUUCUCCUGCCCCCGGCAGCUCAAAGUGCCCCCUUACUUGGGCUACCGGUUCCUGGGGGAGCGGGACUGCGGGGCCCCCUGCGAGCCAGCCCGGCCAAACGGGCUCAUGUACUUCAAGGAGGCGGAGGUGCGAUUUGCCCGGCUGUGGGUGGGCGUGUGGUCUGUGCUCUGCUGCGCCUCCACCCUCUUCACCGUGCUCACCUACCUGGUGGACAUGCGCCGUUUCAGCUACCCAGAGCGGCCCAUCAUCUUCCUCUCAGGCUGCUACUUCAUGGUGGCAGUGGCCUACGCGGCAGGUUUCUUGCUGGAGGAGCGGGUGGUGUGUCUGGAGCGCUUCUCUGAGGACGGCUACCGCACUGUGGCCCAAGGCACCAAGAAAGAAGGCUGCACCAUUCUCUUCAUGAUCCUCUACUUCUUUGGCAUGGCCAGCUCCAUCUGGUGGGUCAUCCUGUCCCUCACCUGGUUCCUGGCUGCUGGCAUGAAGUGGGGCCACGAGGCCAUCGAGGCCAACUCCCAGUAUUUCCACCUGGCUGCCUGGGCUGUGCCCGCUGUCAAAACCAUCACCAUCUUGGCCAUGGGGCAGGUGGAUGGGGACGUACUCAGUGGGGUGUGUUACGUAGGUAUCUACAGCGUGGACUCGCUGCGGGGCUUUGUGCUGGCGCCCUUGUUUGUGUACCUCUUCAUUGGCACUUCCUUCUUGCUUGCUGGCUUUGUGUCCUUGUUUCGCAUCCGCACCAUCAUGAAGCAUGACGGCACCAAGACGGAGAAACUGGAGAAGCUGAUGGUGCGCAUCGGUGUCUUCAGUGUCCUCUACACGGUGCCUGCCACCAUUGUCCUGGCAUGUUACUUCUACGAGCAGGCCUUCCGUGGCACCUGGGAGAAGACGUGGCUCCUCCAGACCUGCAAAACCUAUGCCGUGCCCUGUCCCAGCCACUUUGCCCCUAUGAGCCCGGACUUCACGGUCUUCAUGAUCAAGUACCUCAUGACCAUGAUUGUUGGGAUCACGACUGGCUUCUGGAUCUGGUCUGGCAAAACCCUUCAGUCCUGGCGACGCUUCUACCACAGACUCAGCACCGGCAGCAAAGGCGAGACGGCAGUAUGAGACCCCCCUGCCCCUUCUGGCACACACACACGCACUCAUGCACACACGCAGAGGAGAGGGAUACACAGCAGAAGAGGAAGGCAAUGGCUCCCUGAAGAGGGAGGAAGGGAGGCUUUUUCUAAACUUUUUCUUCCUCCCAGAAAGUUUGGGAAAAAAAAAAUCUUUGCAUAAAGGAUCAGACGGACUGUGUCCAGUGGUGCUUAUGCCCAGCUAAGUAGAAGAGCACAGAAAAAGAAGCCACUGGUGGGAUGGGAGAGUCCUUCCCACGCAGGAAGUCCCCUUACCUCUCUCUCCUACCACCCCUGUGCAGGAAAAAAAACCCAACCCGACUAAAAACAUCCUGUCUUGCUUUGGA